UGGAAAACUAGGUUAGUGGUCCGACAGGCAUGACGGUGGACAGAAACUGGGUCACCGAUCGAGAUUCGUUUAUGUCACACUUCUUUGGGGCUCUUAUAGCAUAUUACUCAGCGGCCUUCAAUGGAUCGUCCGAGCACGCUUCAGGAGAUAUCGGAAGCACUGGUGUUGUGAGGAUCGGACCAGGCCGGGCCAGAGCGACCUCCUCUUGACUCGGUGGAGCCAGGAAUCAGCUGAACCGGACCCAACUGAGACCAUCAGAACCUGGCUGAGUGGGCUGACCCAGGCAGAGCUUAGGCCCCAGCAGGAGGCCUGCACCAGUUUCCUAUCCAGUUGAAGGAGCGAGAGUGGAUGGAAGGAGAUGACUUUAACACAGCGGCUGUGAUGAACAUCUGCGAUGACCUGAUGGCGGACCAGAGGAUGGACAUCUCGUCGACCAUGACCGACUUCAUGUCGCCCGCCUCCAACGACCUCAUCUCCAUCAACCCGCCGAGCGUGGACUUCGGCCGCAAGAGGAAAGUCAGCAACUCAGACUACGGAAUCGAUGGCUUCUCCUUCGAUGAAAUGGACCCGGACAAAGACAAGCUGGGCGGUGACCAGCAAGGCCGGAUCAAGAACGCCAGGGAAGCUCACAGUCAGAUCGAGAAGCGGCGCCGGGACAAGAUGAACAGCUUCAUCGAUGAGCUGGCGUCGCUGGUCCCCACGUGCAACGCCAUGUCCCGGAAGCUGGACAAGCUGACCGUGCUCCGGAUGGCCGUGCAGCACAUGAAGACGCUGCGAGGCGCCGCCAACCCCUACACGGAGGCCAACUACAAACCUUCCUUCCUGUCAGACGACGAGCUGAAGCAUUUAAUACUUCGGGCUGCAGACGGCUUCCUGUUUGUCGUGGGCUGCGAUCGCGGGAAGAUUCUCUUCGUGUCCGAGUCGGUGUACAAGAUUCUCAACUACAGUCAGAACGACCUGAUUGGUCAGAGCCUGUUUGACUACCUUCAUCCCAAGGACAUUGCCAAGGUCAAAGAGCAGUUGUCGUCUUCAGACACGGCGCCACGAGAGCGACUCAUCGACGCUAAAACUGGUCUUCCCGUGAAGACGGACAUCACCCCGGGUCCAUCUCGACUCUGCUCCGGAGCCCGACGCUCCUUCUUCUGCAGGAUGAAGUGCAACCGGCCGUCGGUGAAGGUGGAGGACAAAGACUUCCCCUCCACCUGCUCCAAGAAGAAAGCCGACCGCAAGAGCUUCUGCACCAUCCACAGCACCGGCUACCUGAAGAGCUGGCCGCCCACCAAGAUGGGCCUGGACGAGGAGAACGAGCCGGACAACGAGGGCUGCAACCUGAGCUGCCUGGUGGCCAUCGGCCGACUGCACCCCCACAUCGUCCCCCAGCCCAGCCUGGCCGACAUCCGGGUCAAACCCACAGAGUACGUCUCCCGGCACGCCAUCGACGGCAAGUUCGUCUUUGUGGACCAGAGGGCCACGGCCAUCCUGGCGUACCUGCCCCAGGAGCUGCUGGGGACCUCCUUCUACGAGUAUUUCCACCAGGACGACAUCAGCCACCUGGCAGAGUGUCACAGACAAGUUCUGCAGAUGAGAGAGAAGAUCAACACCAACUGUUACAAGUUCAAGAUCAAGGACGGCUCCUUCAUCACGCUGCGCAGCCGCUGGUUCAGCUUCAUGAACCCGUGGACCAAAGAGGUGGAGUACAUCGUCUCCACCAACACGGUGGUGUCCUGUCCCAUGAUGGAGGCCGGAGACUACCCGCAGUCCGCCGCGUCCCCUCAGAGCAUGGACAGCGUCCUCACCUCCGAAGGUGAGCGUCCCACCAGCUCGCCGGGGGGCGGAGUCUCACGCCUCCCGUCUCUUGCAGGUGGGGGGCGCCGCGCCCUGCAGACGGUGCCCGGGAUCCCCGGUGGGACGAGAGCCGGGGCGGGAAAGAUCGGCCGGAUGAUCGCGGAGGAGGUGAUGGAGAUCCAGAGGAUCCGAGGUUCUUCUCCUUCCAGCUGCGGCUCCAGCCCGCUCAACAUCACCAGCACGCCUCCGCCUGACACCUGCUCCCCUGGAGGCAAGAAGAUCCAGAACGGAGGGACACCUGACCUGCCGAGCAUCAUUCCUGGGCCUGACUCAGUAGGAUACCCGUACUCCAACCCGUCCAUCAUCAGCGACAACUCUCACCUGAGCAUCGACAUCAUGGAUGAGCCCGGCUCCAGCAGCCCGAGCAACGAUGAGGCGGCCAUGGCCGUCAUCAUGUCCCUGCUGGAGGCGGACGCCGGCCUCGGGGGUCCGGUGGACUUCAGCGACCUCCCCUGGCCUUUGUGAGGACAUGGAGACAGAGACUCCUCCUGGGCCGGGCCCAGUGGACGUGGUGUUGCACGAGAGUUCCACCUCUCCAGGUGUUCUGGUUCCGACCCGGACACGCUGAAGCUGACCCCUGGAGGACCUGCAGGACUCUGGGCGACCCGCCCAGAUGCAGACCGGACUUCCAGACUCCACGUACCACUCCUCUUCGACAUGGUGGCGCCGCGGUGGGAGCGAGAGAGAGCGCUGCUCCUCUUCCUUCCUUCCCAAAUUCAACGGAGCCCCACCCCUCAGCUGCUGCCCCUCACCCCCAAUGAAAGCACUUCUUUUAACCCUUCAGUUGAGCACUUGAAUCCGCGGGUCACGUGACCACCUCGGCGAUGACCUCGGCGCCGCAGAGCCACAGUCUCGCGACGACAAGCCAGGAACAUCUGAAUGUCAGAGGCCCCGCCCCCUUCUCUCCAGCAGCAGCAGCUGUGGGGUCCCGCCCCCUCGACCCCCCCCCCAUCAGUUCCAGUGCUCUUCUGUUCAAUGUUUUUACACUACACGCUACAAUCCAGUGUUCCUCUCGUCCAGACCCGGUUCUCCGCCUCUCCGACAACAAUGUAUCUCAAUCUUGAAUUAUUCUGUCAGAGUCGACUUUAUGCAAAUAUAUAUGAGUAAGAUGAGUGUAUUGUAUCAACAGUGAAAUAUUUUUCAAAUAAAAUUAUUUGUUUCUGUCAGAGCCCAGUGGUCACCUGACCUGAGCCCCACCCCCUUCUGAAGGAGACUCGAGUCGCGCUGUGGUGGGGGGGUUUAGAGCGCCACUCCGGCAGGGGAAAGUCAAGGAAAGCUUCAGCAGGUGUUGUGAAACUUUUAUUAACAAGCAGCUUGGUUUCCUGUGAGAUACAGCAGAAGUGAAAACACA